AUGCUCACCGAAUACUCUCUUCCCAGCAUUUUGACAGCUGCGUUAUCUGCGCUAUUGGGAAUACUGACUCUUCUGCACCUCCGUCGUUUGUGGUCGCAAAUCAGGAGGUCGAUGCUUCAGCACUAUGCCCCUGGCCCGCCUCUAAAGAGCUGGCUCGCAGGGAACCAUGCCGACGUUCCUGAGUACAAAGCCUGGUAUGCCUACACUGAGUGGGGCAAAAAAUACGGCGACGUUAUGCACAUUCGUAUCUACGGUCGGCACUACCUCAUCCUGAACUCGGUUGUUGCAGCGACGGACCUCUUGGAGAAGCGAGCCAGGAUAUACUCCGACCGACCACCGUCACUCAUGCUUGAUAUAAAGGGCUGGCUCUUUGCCACCGGUUUCAAGCCUUACAGCGAUUCGUGGAGACGCCAUCGCCGUCUCCUCCAGCAGGCGUUCAAAUUGGACUCCCUCGUUGCCUACAGGCCGAUCCAAACACGCAAGGUUAACGACAUGCUCUACGGGAUUCUCACUGCACCUGAAGAAUUUACGAGUUUCUACAAAAGCGUCUCAGCCGCGAUCGUCAUGUCGGUCAUGUACGAUUACGAUCUUGCACCGCAGAACGACCGUUAUGUCGGUCAUGCAGAGGCGGCAAUGGCAGCAUUAUCAGACCCGGCUUUCUCCUCGCUUGUCGACAUCAUUCCUGGCUUCUGGUACCUACCUGCCUGGUUUCCAGGUGGAAGCUUUCGACGAGAAGCUGCAAAGAUCAGAGUGGAAACGGACGCCAUGCUCGAGGCUGCAGAGCACUUUGCUGAAGGGCAUGAUUCGCCUUGCCUAAUGACUGAUCUCAUGAAAUACUGCAAAUCCCAAGAGGGUUAUGACAUUUUGAGGGAGGCUGCUGCUACUGGAUAUGUUGCUGGCGCUGAUACGACGUCUUCUGCUCUCGGUACCUUUUUCUAUGCAAUGGCUACCCAUCCUCACGUCCAGAAGAAGGCUCAAGAAGAGAUAGACCUGGUCGUCGGUAGCGAUCGCCUGCCACACUGGGAUGAUCGGCCUUCUAUGCCCUACGUCGAGGCUGUCUUCAGAGAAGUUUUAAGAUGGAGGGCGAUCACACCGUUUGGGAUACCUCAUUGUACCACCGACGACGACGUGUAUCGGGGUUAUUACAUACCCAAAGGUACAAUUGUGGUGCCGAACAUCUGGGGCAUGACUCGCGACGAGCAAACAUACAAGAAUCCAGAGGUGUUCGACCCAGAACGAUUCUUGACCGAAGAUGGCCAAUUGAACAAUGACAAUGUGGGGUACACAUUCGGCUUUGGGAGAAGGAUCUGUGUCGGCCGCCAUUUGGCGUCCUCUACCUUCUGGUAUGCAAUGGCUAAUGUCCUAGCCACCUUCGACAUAACAAAGAAGAAAGAUGCUAUGGGAAAUGACCUUCCGCUUGAAGUGGAAUAUUCUUUUGCUUUGGUUAGUCACCCCUUGCCCUUCGAUUGCUCCGUCAAAAUCAGGUCCCAACACACCGCUCAAACAAUCCUGAACAACCGACGUGCUGCAGCGGAGAUGCCUUAG